AGGAAAUCUUUCAUUGAGAAACCAUGGAAGUGCAGCGAGUUCUUCGCAUGAAUGGUGGCGAUGGGGAAACCAGCUAUGCCAAUAACUCAACCGUGCAGGAAAGAGCGAUAUCCAAGGCAAAGACCAUAGUCGAAGACAGUGCAGUAGCCCUCUAUUGCACCACAUUAGCGAAGAGCUUGGGCAUUGCGGACAUGGGUUGCUCUUCAGGGGCCAACACAUUGUUGGUGGUUUCUGAGAUUAUAGACGCGAUUGAUCGAAAAUGUCGGCAUUUGGGCUGUCCAUCACCUGAAUUCAGAGUAUUCUUAAAUGACCUCCCAGGGAAUGAUUUCAACACUAUUUUUAAGUCAUUGCCCGGCUUCUAUGAGAAACUUAAGCGAGACAAGGGGCCUGAUUUCGGGCCAUGUUUCAUCGCUGGAAUGCCUGGUUCUUUUUAUGGGAGGGUUUUUCCAACCAAUAGUUUGGACUUCGUUCAUUCUUCUUAUAGCGUCCAUUGGCUUUCUCAGGUUCCUCCAGAGCUACAAAAAGGAAUGGGUGGCCUUUUAAACAAAGGGAACAUCUACAUGGCCAAGACGAGCCAUCCUGCUGUGUUCAAAGCUUACUUAGAACAAUUUGAGAGGGAUUUUUUCUUGUUUCUACGGUCACGAUCAGAAGAAAUGACAUAUGCAGGGCGUCUCGUGAUAACACUCAUGGGCCGGAGAAGCCUAGACCCAUCCAGCGGAGAGUGUUGUUAUAUAUGGGAACUAAUGGCACAAUCUCUCAUGGACAUGGUCUCGCAGGGAAUCAUUGAAGAGGCGAAAGUGGAUUCGUUCAAUCUACCUCAUUACACACCUUCAAUUCAAGAACUAAUAGCUGUGAUUGAAACUGAGGGAUCCUUCCAUCUUGAUCGAUCAGAAAUUAUUGAAAUAAAUUGGGAUCCGACCAAUGAUGAUGAUAACAUGCUUGAUAAGUUCACAAGUGGGUGGAAUGUGGCGAAGAUUAUGCGAGCCGUAUCGGAAUCCAUGCUUGCAAGUCACUUCGGAGAGGCUAUAAUGGAUGAUUUAUACAAGAGAUAUGGAGAGAAGGUGGCCGAGCAUCUGAGCAUGGAGAAGACCAAACAUAUUAAUCUGAUCAUUUCCCUGUCGAAGAAAUUUUAAGAUAAGUAGAUUGAGGCUGGAUCCAAUACAAAUUGACAUCUGGUGGCCACCU